AUGUCUUCGUCUUCUUCUUCCCUCUACCGUCGCCUCCAUGGCCUCUUCAACCUCCCUCGAUCCUCCGCCACCAAACCCAUCAAAACCAACCCCUCGCCUCCCUCCUCAACUGCCGUACCCAAAAAACCCACCGCCGCUGCCGCCUCCUCCUCGCCCGGAAGUCCUCUCACCCUCGAACGCCGUCUCCAAAAGCUCGUCAACAAGUUCAUAAAGAACUCCGAUUCUGACCGCUUCCGCGCCAGGCAUGGUAUCUAUGACUCCACGGUCCGCCGCCUUGCUGUCCAUAAAAGAUUCUCCAUGAUUGAGGAUAUAAUAGAAGCCCAAAAGAAGUACGAGGACAUUAGAGAUGAAGGGUUCGCAAUCCGCCUCAUUAUGCUCUAUGGAAAAGCGGGUAUGUUCACUCAUGCUCGCAAGUUGUUCGAUGAAUUGCCUGAACUUAAUUGCGAGCGGACUGUGAAGUCCUUUAAUGCCCUUUUGGCGUCUUGUGUUAAUUCGAAAGAAUUUGAUCAAGUUGAAACGAUUUUUUGGGAUGUACCGGAAAAGGUUUCGAUAGAACCAAAUGUGAUCUCGUAUAACAUUGUUAUCAAUGCAUAUUGCGAGAUGGACGCCUUGGAUAAAGCCUUCUUGUUCUUCAAUGACAUGGAGAAGAAUGGAAUGGAGCCAGAUUUGGUUACAUUCAACACACUUCUAGCUGCAUUUUAUAGAAAGGGUCAGUUUUUAGAUGGGGAAAACAUGUGGAAUAUGUUGGAAAGCAAGAAUAUGGCUCCUAAUCUCAUUAGUUAUAAUGCGAGGUUGCGAGGAAUGGUUCAAGAGAAUAAGAUACAAGAAGGGAUCGGGUUGCUGGCAGAAAUGGAGGAGAAAGGAAUCAAGCCAGACGUGUCCAGCUUCAAUGCUAUGAUCAAAGGUUUUUGUGAAGAUGGGAAUCUGGAGGAGGCGAAGAAAUGGUAUUACAAAUCGAAGGAGAAUGAAGCUACCCCAAAUCGAUCCACUUACAGGGCACUUCUCCCUCUCCUUUGCGAGCAGGGUGAUUCUGAUAUGGCACUUGAACUGUGCAAGGAGGCCAUUGAUAAUCGUGUAGUUAUUAAUGUAGCAGAGGUGCAGCGUGUGGUUGAUGGGUUGGUUAAGGUUUCCAAGAUUGAAGAGGCAGAGGAACUUGUGAAACUGUGCAAUUCAAACAAUUAUUUAAAUUUCAAAUUGGAAUUGCCUCAAACGAGCACUUGA